CUGCGCACAAUCUGCACAGAUCCCAGGCUUUUUAAACACAUGGCCACGGACUUUGCCACGACAUCCCAAAGUCAAAGUCUAUCCAUGUGUUCUACAACUCACCGACUGAACGGCAAAAGUUAUGUUCUUCACAACUAUGCCCUCUAGCUUUCCGAAGCAUCUCUAAACGACCAAAUGAAAACAUGUUAAUAUUAGAAUGCCUUCGUCUGAAUACGGGAAAUCGAGGUAGAUGAUAGUAAAGAAGAGAUUAGCGUGAAAACAGAGAAUAAUACAAUGUCAUUCUGAAGGUAUGGAGCUCCAUAAUUACAUAGGACAUUUUUAUGUUUAAAAAACGUAAAAAAAAAAAAAAAAAAAAAGGAAAAGUUUGGGAGAGUUUGAGGCAAAGUAUGGCGCGAGAGAAGAUUGGAGAAACCGAAGUGGUGAACGUGAAGAAACAGAGGAAAAAGACCAAGAAAGAGCACAAAACACGGACUGUUCAUUCUAACAUUUUAUACGAUCGAACCAAAGGCGAGGACAACCCAAAUAGACACUAUUCAGACAAUGAGAUUAAAACCACAAAAUAUACUCUUCUCUCUUUUCUGCCGAAAAAUCUGUUCGAGCAGUUCCAUAGGUUUGCCAACGUAUACUUCGUGUUCAUCGCCCUGCUGAAUUUUGUUCCAGUUUGUAAUGCUUUCCAACCACAGCUGGCCCUGGCACCAGUGGUCUUCAUCUUGUCUGUCACUGCCAUCAAAGACCUUUGGGAGGAUUACAGAAGACACAGAUCCGAUAAAGAAAUCAACCACAUGGAUUGUUUGGUCUAUAGCAGGCCAGAGCACCAGUACAUGGAGCGGUUCUGGAAGGAGGCGCGUGUUGGGGAUUUCAUUAGACUGCGCUGUAAUGAGAUCCUGCCUGCAGAUGUUCUACUGCUCAGUUCCAGCGACCCGGACCGCCUGGUCCACAUCGAGACAGCUACCCUGGAUGGAGAGACCAACCUCAAACAGAGACGGGUUGUCUGCAGCUUCCUAGACCUGGAUUGUGAUUUUGACCCGUCCAAAUACAACAGUAUCAUAGAAUGUGAGAAGCCUAACAAUGACCUGGCCAGGUUCCGUGGCUACAUUACCCAUCGCAGUGGAAGGAGAGAUGGUCUGUACAAAGACAACUUGCUGCUGAGGGGCUGUACCAUCCGCAAUACAGAGGAGUGUGUGGGGAUCGUCAUCUAUGCAGGUCAUGAGACUAAAGCCAUGCUGAACAACAAUGGCCCCCGCUACAAACGCAGUAAACUGGAGAAACAGAUGAACGUGGACGUGGGCUGGUGCGUCAUCAUCCUAUUGGUCAUGUGCCUGUUCUCUGCUAUCGGUCAUGGCUUGUGGAUGUAUCAGUAACGGGAUAAGAGACCCGUGUUUGAUGUCCUUAGUCCUGAAGGAGCCGAGCUGUCACCUGUCCUGUCUGCCAUCUAUCUCUUCCUCACCAUGAUCAUCGUCUUUCAGGUCCUGAUCCCCGUCUCGCUGUUCGUGUCCAUAGAGAUUGUGAAGGUCUGUCAGGUGUAUCUCAUUCAUCAGGACCAAGACCUGUACGAUGAGGAGACUGACUCUCGUCUGCAGUGUCGAGCUCUGAACAUCACCGAAGACCUUGGGCAGAUGCAGUACAUCUUCUCUGACAAGACCGGAACACUAACAGAGAACAAGAUGGUGUUCAGGAGAUGUACGGUGGCCGGGGUGGAGUAUAGUCAUGAUGCCAACGCGAGGCGUCUGGCCAUGUACCAGGACCUGGUGGACUCAGAGGAGGAGGACUGUACGUCCCACAGUGGCACCUUGCCCAGACGGGACAGCGUCACCAGCAACCAGAGUGCUGCCAAGGUGGUGCUGCGCUCCCAGAGCACCAAGUCCCACCGCAGGACUGGCAGCCGGGCUGAAGCCAAGAGGGCCAGCAUCCUGUCCAAACACACUGCAUUCAGCAGCCCCAUGGAGAAGGACAUCACCCCUGACCCUCAGCUCCUGGAGAAGGUCAACCACUGCAGCAGCCAGAUGACCUUCAAGAGGUUCCACAGCCAGUCCCUCUCUCAGCUGCCCUCUGACCUCACGGACAUCAUCGACUUCUUCAUCGCCCUCACCAUCUGUAACACAGUGGUGGUGUCAUCACCCAAUCAGCCACGGCAGAAGGUGCGGAUGAGGUUUGGGCUAAAGUCCCCAGUGAAGACUAUCGAGGACUUCAUCAAGCGCUUUACCUCCAGCCGUCUCACUUCCAACUCCAACAGCAGCAGCUCUUCCAGCCUCAACCGCUCCUCCCACCGCGAUUGUUCCAGUGUCCUCUCCUCCCCCUCCGCCGAGAGCACCCUGACUAAAUUAGAUGAGGAGCAUCACCUUGGAGGUCCGGUGGGUUUGGAACAUGCCUUCUCCCCCGUCCCUCCUCACACUACCGAGGGAGAGCCCGGGGCCCUAGAGGAAGGAGAGCUCCGCUACGAGGCAGAGUCACCUGACGAGGCUGCCCUGGUGUAUGCGGCGCGUGCCUACAAGUGUUCUCUGGUUGGCCGGCUACCUGAUCAGGUGACGGUGGAGCUACCUGACCUGGGGAAGCUAAGCUUUGAGCUGCUCCACACUCUGGGGUUUGACUCCACCAGAAAGAGAAUGUCUGUGGUGGUGAGACACCCGCUAACAGAUCAGAUCACCGUCUACACUAAAGGAGCUGACUCUGUCAUCAUGGACCUCAUCACACUGCCAUCUACAGAUGAUUCCAAAGGGAAACGCCAAAGAAAGAUCCUAUACAAGACCCAGAAUUACCUGAACCUCUACGCUGCUGAUGGUCUUCGUACUCUCUGCAUCGCAAAAAAGGUUAUGACUAAGGAGGAGUAUGCUGUCUGGUUGCGACAUCAUCUGGAGGCAGAGACGGCCAUACAGGGAAGAGAAGAGCUGCUGUUUCAGUCUGCUCUGAGACUGGAGAUGAACCUGCAUCUAUUAGGAGCAACGGGUGUAGAGGACCGUCUACAAGAUGGUGUCCCAGAGACCAUUGCGUCGCUGCGGAAGGCAGGGCUCCAGAUCUGGGUUCUGACGGGGGACAAACAGGAGACAGCCAUCAACAUCGCCUAUGCUUGCAAGCUGCUGGAACCGGACGACGAGAUCAUCACACUCAACGCCGACUCUCAGGAGGCGAUGGCAGUCCUUCUAGAGGAGAGUCUACACUACAUCCAGGCUAAGUUCCUGUCCUCGGAUCCUUCCAGAUCCUUUCAGAAAGACUACGCUCCAGCCUACUCCUUCCCCCCUCCUCCUCCCUCCCCCUCCUCCUCCCAGACCCAGUCCUUCCUGGUGCACCGGCUGGGUUUGGUGAUUGACGGGCGGACGCUGGCCUACGCGCUGGACAGCAGCCUAGAUGAGAAGUUCCUGGCGGUGGCGAGGAGCUGUCGGUCAGUCCUCUGCUGUCGCUCCACACCGCUGCAGAAGAGUAUGGUGGUUAAACUGGUCCGGAACAAACUGAAGGUCAUGACACUGGCCAUAGGUGAUGGGGCUAAUGAUGUCAGCAUGAUUCAGGUGGCUGAUGUGGGCGUCGGCAUCUCAGGACAGGAGGGCAUGCAGGCUGUGAUGGCUAGCGACUUUGCCCUACCGCGUUUCCGGAACCUUCAGAAGCUCCUGCUGGUCCAUGGUCACUGGUGUUACUCCAGACUGGCCAACAUGAUACUGUACUUCUUCUACAAGAACGCUAUGUUCGUAGCGCUGAUCUUCUGGUACCAGUUCUACUGUGGUUUCUCUGGGUCAGCCAUGAUAGACCAGUGGUAUCUGAUCUUCUUCAACCUCAUGUUCUCUGCCUUCCCUCAACUCAUCACCGGGACCCUGGAUAAAGAUGUAUCCUCAGAGACCCUCCAAGAACUGCCUCAGCUCUACAUGAACGGACAGAACUCAGAGGAAUACAAGCCAUAUAUGUUCUGGAUGACCAUGAUAGAUGCCUUCUACCAAAGCCUGGUCUGCUUCUUUAUUCCCUACUGUGCCUAUGCUGACUCUGAUGUGGACUUGUUGACCUGGGGAACCCCCAUCACCACCCUGGCUCUGAUUACUAUACUGAUACAUCUGGGCUUGGAGACUAAGACCUGGACGUGGAUGAACUGGGUGUCCAUCACCUUCAGUGUGGGUCUGUUCUUUACUGUGGCUCUGUGUUACAACGCUUCCUGUCCCACAUGCUACUCCCCCUCCAACCCUUACUGGACCAUGCAGAGACUUCUGGGGGAACCGCUCUUCUACCUGCUCUGUGUCAUCACUCCUGUAGCCGCCCUGCUGCCCAGAUACUUCUACAGGGCGUGUCAGAGCUCUCUGUUCCCCAGUCCAGUCCAGGUCGGCAGGCAGCUGGACAAACUGCCCAGUGACACCCGUAGAAACAUCCUCAGUCUCAGCCGAGUCCAGGCCGGGUCACUUCUGCAUCUCAGACCGCCCUUCCUGUCUUCACUUUCCUUCACUGGACCCUUGACUAAAGACUGCAGCCACAGUGCCACUUCCACCCAGAACCAGUACAGCUUCACCAGGGGCCAGGCCAAGAGUCCUGAGGGCCGUCUGGACCUGUCCUUACGGGGGGAUGAGGCUGGGAAGGAUCAGGGGAAGGGCUGGGGCUCUGGCAGUCCUGGAGACAGUCAGAGGAGGCUUGAAGAUGAUGAUCAGUACACACUGGCCUCCACAGAGACGGAUACUCUGCCUUAUACCAAAGCCAAAGAAGCUCCUCGGCCUGAGGCAGGGUGUAUGGCUGGAGCAGGGGCUGGGAGUAUGGCUGGAGCAGGGAGUAUGGCUGGAGCAGGGGCUGGGAGUAUGGCUGGAGCAGGGGCUGGGAGUAUGGCUGGAGCAGGGAGUAUGGCUGGAGCAGGGGCUGGGAGUAUGGCUGGAGCAGGGGCUGGGAGUAUGGCUGGAGCAGGGGCCGGGCCUGAUUUCCUUCAGGCUCCUCUCACCCAGGACAAUGACUGUCAGGACAUUACUCUUCUUGAUCCCUCGGACCUAAAUCUGUCCAGCUUUAUCACCUCCACACCCCUUCUGACCACAACCCAGUCAGAGACCAUCCAACUGACUCUGCCCCCUGCUGGUGGUUCCCGGUCUGCAGCCUACAGACGGAACUAUGAGAACCAUGACACUACGCCACACAGACCACAUGACCACAGGCUCCUCCCUCCUACAGACAGACCAGAACACCCCCAGGCCACGCCCACCUGUCCUAAAGAAAACGUGUGGCUCCAAACCACCUCUCUAUGAUGUAUUAUAGCCUUAAUAUCUAUGUAUUGUUCUUCUCAGAUUUACAUGAUAGCUCUAUUGAAUUCUAUUUUUCAAGAGGAUUUAUUUUAUCAAAGUUAUUAUCAUCAUUAUUCAUGUACAUUUAGAUAUUUUAUGUUAUAGGUCCAAUAGCAGCCGCUUUCAUCUCCAUAUCAAAUCAUUUCAGGGUAACGAUUAACUACCUUAACUGUGAUUGUUUUCAAUUAAAAGGGUUAAAAAGAAAAAUAUCAAUUUCUCAAAGCAAGAAUUUAGUCUGGGACUGGUCUGGGAGUGGUCUGAGUGGGGAGGGGAAAACGAGAACUCUUUCUUAUUGGUCUGUUAACUAAUUUACCGCAUGGUGAUGUCACCAGGCAGGUCAAAACGACAUCCCACCAAAACAGGCGGAAAUUUAAGGCAGUCUUUUCAAACAGCUUUUACACUAAAAAGGGCAUUAUUAUAAGUUUCACAAUUUCACAGUAUUAUUCCAAUAUCAUAGUAUGGAAAUAUACACUUACCGGACAGUUUAUUAGGUACACCCAUUUAGUAUCAAGUCAGACCCCCCCAUUUGCCUCCAGAACAGCCUGAAUUAUUUUGUGGGCAUGGAUUCUAAAAAGUGUUGGAAACAUUCCACAGGGAUGUUGGCCCAUGCUGAGAUGAUGGCAUCGCAUCGUUGCUGCUGAUUGGACGACGGUACGUUCAUGCUGCCAGCGGCCUGUUCCUUCUCAUCCCAAAGAUACUCUAUUGGGUUUGGUCACAUGCUGUGGCGUUCCAUUCUUGCUCAAUUGGUAUCAAGGGACCUAAAUGUGUGCAGGCAAAACAUUCCCCACAGCGCCAUCUUGUACCAUUGAGACCAGGCAGGAUGCUGACUCUGCCGUGAGCGUGACGCUACAGAAAUCGUGUUUCGUCGGACCAGGCGAUGUUCACACUCCUCAAAUUGUCCAGCGUUGUCGCCCACUGGAACCUCUUCCUCUUGUUUUUAUCUGAUGGGAGUAGAACCCGGCGUUGCAUUAGAACCGUCCGUGACAAAGACCGACGCGUUGUGCGUUUCCGAGAUGCUGUUCUGCGCACCACUGUUGCACUGUGUCGUUAAUGGUCUGUUUGUGGCCCGCCUGUUAGCUUGCACGGCUCUUCUUCGACCUCUCAUCGACGAGCUGUUUUCACCCACAGGACUGUCGCUGACUGGAUGUUUUUGUUUGUCGCGCCAUUCUUGGUAAACCCUAGACACUGUCAUGUGUGAAAAGCCCAGGAGGGCAGCCGUUUCUGAGAUACUGGAUCCGGCGUGCCUGGCACUGACGAUCAUAUCACGCUCAUAGUGUCUUAGGUUGUUUAGCCCAUUCUGACGUAAAAUGCUGCCCGUGUGUCUGCUGCCCGUUGUGUCUGCUGCCCGUUGUGUCUGCUGCCCGUUGUGUCUGCUGCCCGUUGUGUCUGCUGCCGUUGUGUCUGCUGCCCGUGUGUCUGCUGCCCGUGUCUGCUGCCCGUUGUGUCUGCUGCCCGUGUGUCUGCUGCCCGUGUGUCUGC